ACCCGUCAGCAUCAGGCCAUCAAGACCACCAGGCUUGUCAUCUUCAUCUGCUCAAGCACAGUACCACGCUCUCCCUCCACCAGCCUGCACCUUGAUUCCAGCGCAAACGCCCUCACAAGGCAUUCCCUCGCUGUGGAUUUCGCCUGAACACGGGCGCGCGGGAAGGGACACCACAAGCGACAGGGAGACCAUCAAUACACCCAUUCGUUGCUCCCUGGACAAUACUGGCUGCGUGACGAGCAGUGAGCCCUUCUCAUCCGUGGCCAGAGGUAGAGCCUCCUUCAGUCUUGUGGCAUUGACAACUGUGUGAGAGGCGCCUGAGAGCACGCAGCUUUGUGGACUUGCACAUCGGUACCAACAACGAAAGAGCAGCAGGCGCAUGGCCAGGAGAGCGCAGGAGAAGACACAGCGUCUGUUUCUGGACAAGACAGACGCAGAGAGGCACAAGCAGAGCGCAUUAGGUACCGACAAGCGAUCACUAUCUACACGAGCUGCUCUCCCAAACACUUCGCCCGCCCACACGCAUACACCGACCCCUGAAGCGACGACUUCACAAAGAGACAAGCAGACAUCCUCCCGGCUUGCCAUAUCUUCAAGUGAGCAGAAGCGAUCAGAUAUUCAGCAUCUUGACCCGCAUCCAGCGCAAUUGCGAAGCAGUGAGGCCAUUUACACACAAACACUCUCAGCCAAGUCAGCAGUGGACAGACUCGACGGGCGCGGCGAAUACACGACCUCUCCAGAGGCUGGACGUGUCUCUCCGUCUGCUGCUCAACACAUCGUCGUACGUAUACCACAGAUCCACGGCACUUCAACCAAAACUCAGGCGCAUACAUCCACUACGAGCGCCACUCCCCCGAGCAACGACUUCUACGCCAACGUCAACGGCAAUCACAGUGCCAGGCAACUCCAGGAACUUCACGGCGUUUCAUCUCUAGAGGGCCAGUCGCACGAGGAAUCAUCUAUGCCAGUUGGGUCACAGUCAAAGAUCACUGCGGGCGUGUCGCCUUUGCGCUCAUCCACCUCACGCAAAGGUCACGGGCACGUACGUUCCAGCUCAGAAAGCCGUGUGCCGCAUCGUGCUUCCUUUCAGGAUCUCCUCGCUACAUCAUUUUCAACCCAGCCAGCUCACCACUCACCUCCGCAAGAAGCAGCGGUGCCGGUAGUCUCGAAGCCUGUCAGUCAUGAACGCAGCAACAUUGAUCUGAGACGAUCAAAGGGCGUAAGGCUCGGUGCCUGUCCCUUUGAGACUACACUGGCACAAGCAACACGUCGGAUACCCUAUGGCAUGGCUGACAAGCCUCUGAUACUUUCAGACAAGCUGGCCAUGUCGUACACGCUCACUGCGGACGAAGAUGCUCGAUUGAGUCAAGAAUUGAUUGCCCUAUAUGAGACUUUGCUUCCAUCUGACGAGGGCAUCAGAAGCAAGCAGGCCUUCAUCCACAAAUUGGAGCGCCUCCUGAAGAGCGAAUGGCCAGGCAAGGAUUUCACCGUUCACGCUUUUGGAUCAACUGAAAAUCUGCUUGGCACUGAUACGUCUGACUUGGAUGUAUGCAUCGUCACAUCCUGGAAGGGCUUCGCUACCCAGACAUGCCAUCUGUCAAGCUUCAUGCACCGCUCUGGCAUGCAGAGCGUUGUCUGUCGAGCUGGCGCAAAAGUGCCUGUCGUGGCAAUCUAUGACCCUGAACUAAAAGUGGCAUGUGAUAUGAACAUCAACAACAAGUUGGCACUGCGCAACUCAAAGCUCGUGCGGACCUACAUGGAGAUUGAUGUUCGUGCUCGUCAACUUGCUUACUUUGUCAAACACUGGGCCAAGUGCCGUGCUCUCAACGACGCAGUCUGCAAUACCCUCACUUCUUACUCCUGGGCGCUACUUGUAAUCAAUUUUCUACAGGUGCGUCAGCCUCCCGUACUUCCAUGCCUACACAGCUGGCCGCAUGAUACGAUACCACCAUUGCAAGGCAUCGAUGUGUCCUUUGCUGAUGAUGUCCAAAAGUUCGGGCUCAGCGGCUUUGGUCGCCACAAUCAUGAAUCAAUAGGCGCUCUUGUCUUCGGCUUCUUUCACUACUACACAUAUUUAUUCAACUACCCCGUCGCAGUGGCGUCUGUGCGAAGUGGAGGCGUCGUUGAGCGGGCUUCAAAGGGGUUUGCACCGGACCAGCUGUUCGGCAUCGAAGAGCCUUUCACAACAUCAAGAAACCUGGGUAAUACGGCAGACAUGGAUUCGCAUCGUGGCAUACAUCUUGAGCUUGCUCGAAUACAUGAGUUCCUCGCCAAUGGUCGCACCUUUGAAGACGCUUGCGAGCCGUACGUCUUUAGAGGUCCCAAGUCAAAGCGCUAUCAAAUUCAUCCUCAAGCAAAGUCAGGAAACCGCAGACAGGCGCACAUGCUACAGCAACCCCGAUCACAUGGUCACAUUGGUAGGUCUGGCUUCUACCAGCCUGGCGCCGGUCAAGUCAACUACCAAACAGCCGAUCCAAUGACAGACUUUGGCUCCUUCAGACAUCACAACCCCGAGUACCACGCGGGAAACGGUGUGCCCAUCGAGCACUUGCAGUUCUUGCAGUCUGCCUUCCCACUGAGUGUACAGUACUACCAGCAAUUCGCUCACUUACUCAACAGCAUGCCUCAAGAGGAGCAUCGCUCGUACUCUGAGAGAAGGAGAAGUCAAGAAGUAUGGAGACGUCGGCAGCCUCUACAAAACCUCAGCGAGCGACAGCAUCAGCGCCAAUCGAAUCAGCAAAGGCAAUCCUUCCACCAGUCAGCAUAUCAACGGCAAGACUUGUCUGCCCAGGGACUCCAAAAUCAUUCGGGCGCCCUCCCUCAUCCGCCGCAACCUUUGCUCUACUCGCUCGACAGUGGCAAUAGUCAACGCACGCCGAACCCCGCACAGUCACUUAAUGGGUACCUUGACCAUGUCACACAGUUCCAGCGAACAGUGAGUCUUGCCUACUGCGAUGCACUCGUCCAAAAUCUUGAGCCGGCGCUGGCGCCUCAUCAGGCAGCUGGGCAUGUCUCUGCAAGGCAUGGGUCGGAAUGCUCCGAUACGACCACAGCGAGUAUGACUCGUGCGACCUCGUCUCGAAGCUCGCCGUCCAGUUCAGGGCAGCACUCCCCGACCAUCUCGGCGUCAAUGCCGUACAUGGACACAGCGCAAUCCGGCGAGCGACUGCACAUGUCAAGUUUCGAGAUGCCUGUCAGCUUACAUGACGUGCAAGGCCUGCGAUCGGCAUCCCUCGCAACAAGUUCGAGCUUCGAUUAUGCGUCUGCCGUGCAGCACAAGAAUACAACAACCCCUCCGAAACGUCGAAGCAGUCAUCCACAAAUUGCCGCGCUCACCCCUGCGUCGUUCCACUCGUUCUCGAGCAAGCCUAGUUAUGCGCGCGUCGCGUCUAAGCCAUCGUCACCUGACGCACAAGAACGCACCACACCGCUCGUCAACUCGGUUCGAGCCACAGUGCAGUGAGCUGCAUUCAGAUGGCAUUCCGUCUAUCGUGUCCGCGGCUCCUUGGCAAAAGUCUAUAAUGCACCGACGCUGGUUGUAUUCUAACGGCACUUGAAGAUCAUGGCACACACAACACCAUGAUUUCAAUCAUAAAACGACAAAAAAAAAAUGAAUGUACGACAAAUGCGAAAAUAUGACACAAGCAUUGCACAAAGUUCCUUCUCG